AUGGGGCUGGAGGACGAGCAAAGGAUGCUGACUGGGUCCGGAGUUCCCAAGGAGAAGGAAGAGGAGGAGGAGGAAUUAGUGGAUCCCCUAACAACAGUGAGAGAGCAAUGCGAGCAGCUGGAGAAAUGUGUAAAGGCUCGGGAGCGGCUAGAGCUCUGUGAUGAGCAUGUAUCCUCCAGGUCACUGACAGAGGGAUGCACAGAGGAGCUCUUUGACUUCUUGCAUGCAAGGGACCACUGCGUGGCCCACAAACUCUUUAACAGCUUGAAAUAAGUGUGCCGAUUCAUUCACCCCAGCCUUCA